AUGCCACCGCCUACUCCGCGCCGUCGCACCCCGGCCAAGAAUGCCACCACGUCCAUCUUCACCUUCCAGGCCCCCUCGAUCCGUAUACCGACCUUCAACUCGCCAAUCAAGAGGCUCAAGAGCCCGACGGCGAACGAUCUCGACGGAGCCCAAACACGUGACGAGGCACGGCAAGCGCGUCUGCGAGGACCGGCUGGGUGAGAGCCCAUGACCCUGGAUGGGGAUGCGACAACGCAGCGAGACCCCUCGAGACUAUCGAACUGACCUUUCACUCCAAACCUUUGGCCGGACCGAUCAGGCAGACUUGGAAUAACCUCAACACGCUGUUGACGCGUGGACCGACGAAGCUACCGUCCUUUAGCGCGGUCCCCGGCGCCAACAGUCGAGCCGGGCGCGCCAAGAGUGCCACACCAGCGGGACCCAAGAACCCCAAGACACCCAAAAAGACGCCCAAGACGCCCUCGAAAGCCGAGUCGACCAAGAAGAGCGCGAGAAAGAGCUCCGUCGCCGCAAAGACCCGGGUCCUUCAACCAACUCCGCGUUCCGCGACGCGCUCCGCGGCCGCAACCACCGCCGCGCUCAAGACCAAGGCUGCUGUAACUGCGUCCGCAGGCCCCAAAUCGAAUCAGCGGAGAAACGGAAAGAGGAACGCGCUGCCAUCAUCCCCUCUUGGGAACCAUCGCUCGAACGAUGAAACUGAAGCCGGCCGUGAGGUCCAAGAGGUUGACGAACCUGCUCAAGUUGAAGCACCCCCACCGCCCGACCCGCCUCUGAUUGCUUCGACUUCCAAAGGCAAGACCAAUGCACCGCCAAAGCGAGUCCCAGCCAAGAAAGUAGCACAGGUCAAGGUAUCCCGCGCCGUGGCGAUACGACGAAGAAAACCCGCGGUCGAACCCGAACCCGAAGCUAACUCUGACGAUUCCGAGAUCAAGGUCGUCGAGCGACGCAUCAAGCCUAAAGCGCCGGCGAAGAAGUGA